GAGGGGAGAGGGCGACUGAAUGGGAACGUUAAGCUGCUAUUAGUGUGGAGCAAAGCGUGCCUCCCCCCAGCCCUCUCCUCCUCUGCUCCUCCAGAACCAGACAGCUCAGGACCUCAGCACAAGAACCGCGUGGGGCCUCUGUUGGUCCCGACCCACAUCGCUGUGACAGCGCCACAGACAGAGACGGAGGAUCACUGUUUUUAUGGGAUUGUCCGUGUGAAAUAGCUGCUGGAUCACUCAUCAUCACAGCCUUCAUCCUCAUCAUCGUCAUCCUCAUUGUUAUUGUCUGCAUCGUCAUUGUCUUCAAACGCGCUUCCGUCAAGCCCUUCUUCCCACCAUGUAUUUGGAAAACAAAAGUAACCUGGAAAUUGAGAUGUCUCAGGCGUCGGCCCAGGGCCACCAGACCAGGAACAGCCACAGGUCGCCGGAGGCGGUGGCGGGCAACUUUGGGGAGCUGCGUCUGCUGCAGGGCAUCUCGGAGAGGAGGGACACCCAGAAGCUGCAGCAGGCCGCCAUGCUGCCGUCGGGACAGUGCAUCAUCCACACCGAGGGCUUCGUGCCCGUGCGACAAGACGACGGGCACAAUUUCAGUGUGGUCAAUAUCCUGAGAGGAAAAACAAAUUCAGCCAACAUCACAGAGAGGUCACCCCUGCUGAGAUUCUCCCAGGACGACAGCAUAACCUACCUGACACUACAUGACCCCAGCUUUGCUGGAGGGGAGGAGCCCUGGGACAACGGCUCCCUGGACCUGGAGAGGAGGUACCGGCUGGGCAGCGAGGUCACCAGCCUGUCCCUGACCCGCUCCAGCUCCUCGGACAAGAGCGACCCGCUGGACAACCUGAACCUCAGCUUCAGACUCACCAGUAGUAUGAAAUGCUGCCUGAAAGUCUCCAAAGUCGCUACAAUCUUUAUUAUCGUGGUUCUUUGCACUCUGUUCUUCAGCAUGUAUCCGGACCGGGACAACCCCUGGAGGAUGUUGGCUGUGUCUUCCACAGAGAGUUUCUCGAUGAACCUGACAAACUUUCGUGACAACGCUCUGCUGAAGCUACAGGUGGGGGGGCCGUUCACGGGGGGCAUGAUGGACCUCACCAGCCAGGAGUACGUCCUGAUCCAGGUGGAGCAGCCGGGCCAACGGAGGCGGCGGACUCAGCAGGUGAUUCAUAAUUGGACCAUUCCUCUGCACAGCGAACGGAGUGACCAGAUACUGUUGACGAAAACGUUUGAGAUGCUCAGCAGUGACCCCAUCGUCAUUACCAUUCAGGCCUUCCUGCAGGAUAAUGAGGUGGUCCCGUUGUCCAUGACCCACCAGUCACUCUACGUCAGUGUGGAGACACAGGUGGCCAUAGCUGGAAUCAUCCUGGCCGGGGUCUAUAUUCUCAUCAUCUUCGAGAUUGUGCACCGUACGCUGGCUGCCAUGCUGGGAUCCCUGGCAGCCUUAGCAGCUCUGGCUAUCAUUGGUGAUCGGCCCAGCCUGGUUACUGUAGUAGAGUGGAUCGACUAUGAGACACUGGCUCUUCUGUUCGGCAUGAUGGUACUGGUGGCUAUCUUUUCAGAGACUGGCUUCUUUGAUUACUGUGCUGUUAAGGCUUACCAGUUAUCCAGAGGAAGAGUGUGGCCUAUGAUCAUCAUCCUCUGUCUCAUUGCUGCAAUUCUCUCUGCUUUUCUGGACAAUGUGACCACGAUGAUGCUUUUCACCCCUGUCACAAUAAGGUUGUGUGAGGUGCUUAAUCUGGACCCCAGACAUGUCCUGAUUGCAGAAGUAAUCUUCACCAACAUUGGAGGUGCUGCCACAGCUGUCGGAGAUCCACCCAAUGUGAUUAUAGUAUCAAAUCAGGAUCUGCGCAAACAGGGGAUUGAUUUUGCCAGCUUCACAGGCUACAUGUUUCUUGGAAUAUGUCUGGUCCUCUUCACCUCGUUCCCCAUUCUGCGGAUGCUCUACUGGAACAAAAAGCUCUACAACAAAGAAUCCAUUGAAAUAGUUGAACUCAAGCACGAGAUCCUGGUUUGGAGACAGACAGCUCAGCGCAUUAACCCCGCCAGCCGAGAGGAGACAGCCGUGAAAUGCCUCCUCAUGCAAAAAGUCCUCAAUCUGGAAAGUCUGCUUCGCAAGAUGAUGAAAACCUUCCAAAGACAAAUCUCUCAGGAGGAUAAAAACUGGGAGCAGAACAUUCAAGAACUGCAGAAAAAGCACAGAAUAACCGACAAGGUUCUGUUGGUGAAGUGCGUGUCAGUCCUCAGCGUGGUGAUCUUCGUGUUCUUUCUCAACUCCUUCGUUCCCAGCAUUCAUCUGGAUCUGGGCUGGAUUGCAAUCCUUGGUGCACUGUGGCUUUUGGUUCUGGCUGACAUCCAGGAUUUUGAGAUCAUCUUGCAUCGAGUGGAGUGGGCAACAUUACUGUUCUUCGCUGGUCUCUUUGUUUUGAUGGAGGCUUUAGCGCAGCUGCAGCUUAUCGACUACAUUGGUGAACAGACAGCGCUGCUGAUAAAAGCGGUGCCAGAGGACCAGCGCUUGGCCAUAGCCAUUAUUCUGGUGAUGUGGGUCUCGGCUCUGGCAUCUUCUCUCAUUGACAACAUUCCGUUCACCGCCACCAUGAUUCCAGUUCUCAUCAACUUGAGUCAGGAUGCAGAUGUAGACCUGCCUGUCAAACCUCUCAUCUUUGCCCUGGCUAUGGGAGCCUGUCUUGGGGGAAAUGGCACGUUGAUUGGCGCCUCGGCCAACGUUGUGUGUGCAGGAAUCGCUGAGCAGCACGGUUACGGCUUCACCUUCAUGGAGUUCUUCAAGUUAGGCUUCCCCAUGAUGAUCAUGACGGGCAUGAUCGCCAUGUGCUACCUGCUGGCCACGCACAUCGGACUCGGGUGGAACAUGUGAUCCACGGACCCAGCUCACGCGCACCCAGCUCACUGUCAGGCAAAGUGUAGCUCAACAGGAGCUCUGACCAAAACCUAUGAGCCCGGUCCCGCUCCGUGAAGCUACACGUGGUGCUACUGCGUCAGUGCGGGACGUGGCUCCGGCUCCUGCCUCUGUCGUCACACUGGAAAUUCAUGCUCCCUGUUUACUGAUUCGUCUUACACUGAUUACGCAAAAUUCUACUGACCUUCAUAUUUUAAAGGAACAAGACCCAUGAAAGGGAUUUUAUAAGCUUCAACUAAUUCCCAAAUGUCAGUGCCCAAGUUACAGAGUCUAAAAAAACACAACAAGGCCAAAAAUUGAAUUGGAAUAUUACAGUAGAUGAUUAUCCUAAUCUAAACGUUGAUGUAACAUGCACACAGCAAUCACAUGUAAACUCAGUGAUUUAGUUCAUUUCACUGUUGUAGAGAAAGUGUAAUCGUGUAAAUAGUCUUCACGACUUCCUGUAUUUAUUGUACCUGAGCGUGAUCUGUGUUCAGAGACCGACAGAGAUCAACACGAACAAUAAAGUUUGUAAGGUUUCAUUUGA